AUGCAACAAGUCGAGGUCAAACCCGAACAAGCGAUCGAAAAACCGAGCGAGCUCAUCCCCGGGAACAUCCCGUUCCCACCGAUCGACGAGAGUCUCGCAGCCGCGCCGCUGUAUCCACCACUCCCGCGCGGAAUGACGCCGUUUAAACCGCCGAGCGACGACGAACGACGGGCGCUGCGCCUCGGACGGGCGAUGCGGGCGUUCUUUCGCUCCUCGGUCCAUCAUCACGGCGAACGAGACGGAGACAUGGACCGACGGGCGCGAGAAGGGGACGUCGCGCGGUGGGGCGACCGGGACGGCGACCGGGACGGCGACAAAGAGUCGGAUGCGGACGAAGACGAGGACGACGUGGACGACGUGAAGUGGGUGAAAAUCAUCGCGAACGCCAUGAUGAACGAUGCGCAGAUGCGGGUGAGCGAUGAGGCGAUCGUGCCGAGGGAGAUCAUGGAGGCGGCGUUCGGCGCGGACGCGAGCGCGCUGAGCGGCAAACGAAAGGGCGUCGAGAGCGGACCGGGGAGUCCGACGAGGAGAGGGGCGAAGCGGGCGCGGGUGAGCGAUGGAGGACGUCAUGCGGGUGGGGCGCAGGCGACGACGUCGAAGAGGGGCGUCGAUGGACUCUCGAGGCUCGAGCGCUUGGCGCGUCUGGAGUCCAUGGCGAACGACGAGGACGAGCGAGCGACGCGCGCGGGACGCGCAGAACAGCGACACAGCGGACGCGGUGGACGCGAUCGUUCCACCUCGAAGAACCCACGUCCCAGAAGAAGCGGAAACGAAGACGAAGAGGACGACGACGAGGAGAACCGAUUCGAGGAAGACGACGACCUAGACUCAGACGACGACUACGCCAGAAACGGAACCUUCGACGACGACGACGGCUACGACGAGCACGACGCCGGUGGCGACGGUGGCGAAGCGUUUUACUAG